AUGACUAUCGAAUCAGAUUUGGAGAAAAACAGAGUUCAAGAGUUGGACCACUUGCUCACUUUGAUCAAGCCGAAAAUUCUUCAAUACAUUGCCGAGGCUGAUCCAAACUCUCCCAAAUACAAGACUGCUUCAUUAGGAACCUACCAUGAACCAGCGUUUUUGAAGAAGGAGUUUAUAAAUGAUCUGGAUAACAACUUGGUCAAGCCAGCUAGUGAAGACCAAUUAUGGGAGGUUAUUGACAAAGUAUUGGCGUACUCGGUAAACACGUGGAACCCAGGGUUUUUGGAUAAAUUGUACGCUUCGAAUAAUCCUAUUGGUGUUAUUUCAGAUGUGAUUUUGAGUGUGUUGAAUACGAAUUCACAUGUUUAUACUGUCUCGCCAGUGUUGUCGGUGUUGGAAAACUAUAUUGGGAAAAAGUAUGCUUCAUUGUUUUUCACUGAUAAUUUACAAACUUGUGGUGGGUUGACCUUCAGCGGUGGAUCAUGGUCAAACAUUACUAGUAUGCAAAUUGCUAGAAGUAUGAAGUUUCCCCAGACUAAGCAACACGGUAAUGGCGAUUACAAGUUUGCCAUUUAUACCAGUAAGCAUUGUCAUUACUCUGUAGUUAAAGGGGCCAUUUUGUUGGGGUUGGGAAGUGAGUCAGUGUUUAAAGUGGAUGUGACUCCAGAAGGGACUUUGAAAGUGGAUGAUUUGGAGCGUGUUAUUGAACAAUCGAUCAAAGAUGGAUAUACACCCUUGUAUAUAAAUUCAACCGCUGGUACCACCGUGUUUGGAUCAUACGACCCAUUUGAGGAGAUUUCCAAAGUGGCUAAAAAGCACAAGAUACAUUUCCACAUAGAUGGAUCAUGGGGUGGUAAUGUUGUGUUUUCACCCACCUACAAGGACCGAUUGGCAGGAAGUCAAUAUGCAGAUUCAAUAACUGUUAAUCCACACAAGAUGUUGGGCGUGCCAACCACUUGUUCAUUCUUGCUUAUUCCUCAUGUCGCCCAUUUCCAAACGGCCAUGUCAUUACAGGCUCCAUACUUGUUUCAUGGAAGAGAUAACGAUGAUGAUGAGAAUUAUGAUUUGGCUGAUGGAACUAUGGGAUGUGGUCGUAGAGCAGACAGUUUUAAGUUUUACUUGAGCUGGUUGUACUAUGGCCAAAUUGGACUCCAACAUCGUGUUGAUCAUGCAUACAAGAUCCAAGAAUAUUUUGUUCAAAAGAUCACGUCGUAUCCUGAUGGUGUGUUUGAGAUUGUGGGACCAAAACAACCACAAUGCUUACAAGUUUGUUUUUACUACCACCCACCUAGCUUCAAGGGUGAAAAGAGCGGUAGUGGCCAGAGUGAUGGCGAAAGGAAUACUGAGGUUACGAGAUAUAUUUCUAGAGAGUUGCACAAGCAAGGCAAAUACCUUGUUGAUUUUAGUCCCAACCCCGAAGACCAAUCACAAGGGGAAUUCUUCAGAGUUGUUUUCAAUUCGCCUAUUUUGAGCGAUAAAGUGGUUGAUGAUUUGAUUGCAAGUAUAGUGAAAGUGGGUGAAGAAUUGACAACAGCAGGUGAUGCCACAUCCAAUGGUGCUGCUGCGUAA